AUGGCCGUCUCUUGUUGUGCAGCAAUCGGUAUACGAAGAGAACGAAAUACGGAAGUAAUAGCAAUGAACGCAUUCAGAUCAAAAGAUGACAUGUACCACCCAGAACAUGUAGCCUUAUCUCUAUCGCCUGCUUCACUGCAGUCAUCUCCCAUUGCCAUACGGCGGCCUUUUAGCAGCUCACGUAACGAACUUCGGACGGUUACGGAAGAGGUUACAAAGCUGUCUACGAGCCCUCAAAGACUUCUCUUUGAACGGACAGAACCUGUUCCCAAACAUCCUCUGAGGCCGAGCCAGCCUUGCCGUGAACCGGCGACAGAUGGAAUAUUGACGAGAAUGAGACCGAUCCUAACUAGAUCAACCGCAGUAAGCUCCAAAUCGGAUUCAAGCCUAGCCAAGGCGUACAUGAACCCAAGGUCACGCGAUCGGCACUUGCCCUUGAAGUCUUGUAUCAAGAAGAGAGCGAAGAGCGACACUUUCACGUCGCUUGAUGGAUCACGAUGGAACACAGAAGAUCAUGACUCCAAGACCCUUUGUCGCAUCAAGACUGUCGAUUUUGGAGGGAGUGGCUCUAAGCCCUGUCCCCAAGUCUCGAGCACAGUUAUCAUGCCAAAGAGCCUGCACCAGGCUUCAAAGCACGACGUCAAAACGCUGUCCAGACCGACUGGAAAGCGAAGAAGAGCUGCCAGUAAUUCUUUAUUGUGCCCGAACACAAUUCGCAUAAUAAAGAGCAGUGUGGCAGACCCGGCGAUCACACGAACAGAUGUGCACGUUGUCGCCAUCACACCCUCAUGGGACGCACACGACAUAACCAACGAGGAAGAACCUGAUACAGCCACACCGACGAUGCAAGUCAUAGAGACAAAGAACAGUAGUUACGAAGUGAUAUGGGAUGAUGUACCGCUGGAGCAGAAAGUGAGAGGGAGAGGGCGGCGAAGCUCUUCUGCAAGCCACUCUUUGGAAAUGGUCAGUCCAUCUGCCAGGCGGGGUCUUGAGCGCGUCAACUCCAAGCUCACAGGUUGGUUUGGAAGUUGGAAUAGCGCAUCAGACAGCUUCAAGCCCACGAUUGUAGUCUUUCCGGACGAUGAUGGCCGAACCACGGGUUUCGACUGCGCUGCGGAGGACAGAGAAGAUCUACCGCUAUUAGCGCCUCCGAACAGCCAGGUUACCAGUACCACUUCUUCUUGCCAUCCGUCUCGUCCUGCAAGUGUGCCCCUGAAUGGGGUUGUUUCCGGCGGAGAUGUUUCAAGAGGAGAUGUCAUGGACGAAACACUCCCGUAUGUUGGUCAGUAUUUGUUACAACCUUCAGAGCAAUCAUUACUAGUACGGAACCGUGAAAUUCAGCGCAAGGGGAGAUGGAACAGGCACUCCACAAAGGCUCGCCAUCUCUCAAGCCUCGAAGAAACAGAUACGCGCUUCCAUGAUCAUCGCGACUCUGUUACUAUAGCCCAUGCCCGCCUUAUCCAUUCAGGAUAUGUCUCACCUAAGCCGUUUGAGCGACAAGAUUCUUAUGAGAUAGCUAAGAAGCGGAAGCACAUCCGCAGUCAGGCUGCAUCGGUAGAAAGUGCGUAUUCUCAGCCCAAGGAGUCGUCAAUCGAGGCUUUGGAUCUCGUCACGAACAAUGAUAGCGCCAAAGAGUCGCUGCUCGCAGUCAAAGAGCACGCUGCACAGGCAUUGAAGAACGGCAAACCGGCCUCCAUUCUCCGCUCACCAAACUAUGGUACCGAUCAGCGACACUUGCGAAUUGUUGAGUAA